CUUACGAGGGGAGCCGGGGAUUGCACAAAGCUUCCCCGGCCAUCUGCGCUUUGGGGGCCGGCGGCGCAGAGGUUGCCUGCCGGGCUGGGGGUGUUUGGGGAGGGAGGGGGGGGGGGGGUAUUUGGGGGGGUGGUGGUGGUGGGGGGGGUUCCCCCCAACCCCGAAGUUCACUGCUCUACCGGGAGCCCCGCACCGCAGAGCUCCCUCCCGGUGCAGCCUGCUAAUGAACUCUCCCUUUGCCCUGACCAUGAAAGAGAGAGGAGACCUCACGUAGCAGCAUGGCUUGCAGCUGAAGGCUUUGGGAACUUGAUGCUCAGUUGCCAAAAGGCAGAGUCAGACAGAAAUCCUCACCACCACUGCAAGAAGCAGAGGGAGAAGCAGCAAGACCAGCGCUGCUCCUGUCAACCCACUGACCACCCAGCGUCCUGCUGGGACCACUGCGGAUCUUGCCACCCACCGUGUUUAUGUUGACGCAACCACCCUUUGGGAGAAAGGAAUUUUAGCUCCAAAGAGUCCCUCUUGUCAGCGUUGUACUGAUGACCAGAUGCUACAUUUAUUUUAUGUAUUAAUGUUCAAAGGCCCCAAUAAUUAUUUAAGGCAGACCACAGUUUAAGGCACUUUCCACGGCGACGCAUUUGCGGCAGACAAGAAGGUUGAGGAAAACCUGAUCCAGCACCAUCUCACGGCCUCUCCAAUUUGCUCCUAUCAAAUUUCAUCAGCGACUCAGAACUUGAUCUUUCUAUUGAUUGACUGGAGUCACCUCUAGAUAUUUUCAUGCUGAUUUGGAAGCCCUUUCAUACAACAAAAGGGGGGAAAAAUGAGGUUAAGGAAGAUUUUUGACCACUGAUCAGCAACGCCGGCCAAAACUUUCCCAAUCGAGUGAUUUGCAAAGUUGGCUUCUGUGCCGAGAGAAACUUUCCACAUCCAAAUACAGCGUGCAGAGUGGGAUCAUUCCUCUGAUUGUCUGGAUCUCCUUCGACUGGAUCAUUUUUAGAUGAGGAGUUUCCAUGCUGAUCCUGAGAGCAACCCCUAGCCCAGUAGCUGCCUUCCUCGGGACUCUCGGCACUGCCCUCGCCCAGGGAUCCCGCACUUGGCCGCAGCUGCCAUGCUCUACCUGGUUGCUCUCCUCUUGCACUGUCUCCCCUUGGCCAUGGGACAGUAUGACAUUUGCAAGUCCUGGGUGACCACGGACGAUGGCCCGUCAUGGGAGUUUUAUGCUUGUCAACCCAAGGCCAUGCGGAUGAAGGAUUAUGUGACGGUACGGGUGGAUCCAGCAGGAAUCACUUGUGGGGACCCGCCGGAGAGGUUCUGCACCCAUGAGAACCCGUACCUGUGCAGCGACGAGUGCGAUGCCUCCAACCCGGACCUGGCCCACCCGCCGAAACUCAUGUUCGACAGCGAGGACGAAGGGCUGGCCACGUACUGGCAGAGCGUGACGUGGCGCCGGUACCCGGAGCCGCUGCUGGCCAACAUCACGCUGUCCUGGAACAAGAGCAUCGAGCUGACAGAUGACAUCGUGAUAACCUUCGAGUACGGCCGACCCACCAUCAUGAUGCUGGAGAAGUCGCUGGACAACGGGAGGACUUGGCACCCGUACCAAUAUUACGCAGAUGACUGCAUGGAGGCCUUCAGCAUGCCAGCACGGAGGGUCCGGGACCUCUCCACCACCAGUGCCAACAGGGUCCUCUGCACAGAGGAGUAUUCCCGCUGGGCGGGCUCCAAAAAAGAGAAGACCGUCCGGUUCGAGGUGAGGGACCGCUUUGCCAUCUUUGCUGGCCCUGACCUCAAGAACAUGGACAACUUGUACACCCGGCUGGAGAGCGCCAAAGGGCUCAAGGACUUCUUUACCGUGACCGACCUGCGGAUGAGACUGCUGAGACCGGCCCUGGGGGGCACCUACGUGCAGAGGGAGAACUUGUACAAGUACUUCUAUGCCGUCUCCAACAUUGAAGUCACCGGCAGGUGUAAAUGCAACCUCCACGCUAACCUGUGCACCUUCAAAGAGGGCAGCCUUCAGUGCGAGUGCGAGCACAACACCACGGGGCAGGACUGCGGCAAGUGCAAGAAGAACUUUCGCUCCAGGUCUUGGCGAGCAGGAUCCUACCUGCCUCUCCCCAACGGGUCCCCCAAUGCAUGUGCAGCUGCAGGCUCAGCCUUUGGCACAUAUGAGCGACCGCAGCGGGUUACCACCGCCAAAACCACCACCGCAAAAACGACCACCACAACAACGCCCACCGCCACCACCACCACCUCAACCACCACCACCACCACCAUAGCCGCCACCACCACCACCACCACCACCACCACCACCACCCCCCUACCUGCCACCACGACCCAGCCAGCAAGCAUCAUCAGACCAGCCUCUGAGUUCACUGCCUCUGUGCCUGUGAGAGAAACGCAGAAAGAAACAGACUACACCGGUUUGUCGGCGGCUGCCCCGCUGCAAGUGGGCUCUCCCCUGGCCAAGGCUGGCCCAGGAGCAGAAGCUGUUCAGCGCCCACCAAACACAGCAGCACUUGGACCCAAGGCGAAGCCACCAGACCCUCCUGAGAACAUUCGAGCGGCUCCGAAGAGCAAAGCAGGGCGCACAGCACACUCUGCAGGCAAGAGGCACGGGAAGAAGCCAGCAUCCUCAAAGAGCUCAAAACUCAUCCGGCUCAAACCAGACUCUGGCCCAGUGGCUCCUAUUGAAACAUAUAAAGACUGCGAGUGCUACGGCCACUCCAACCGCUGCAGCUACAUCGACUUCCUAAACGUCGUGACCUGCGUGAGCUGCAAGCACAACACGAGGGGCCAGCACUGCCAGCACUGCCGCCUGGGCUUCUACCGCAACAGCUCGGCGGAGCUGGAUGACGAGAAUGUAUGCAUAGAAUGUAACUGCAACCAGAUCGGCUCCAUGCACGACCGCUGCAACGAGACCGGCUACUGUGAAUGCAAAGAGGGAGCCACGGGGCCCAAGUGCGACGACUGCUUGCCCAACUACUACUGGAGACAGGGCUGCUUCCCCAACGUCUGCGACGACGAGCUCCUGCUCUGCCAGAACGGCGGCACCUGCUACCAGAACCAGCGCUGCGUCUGCCCCGUGGGCUUCAAGGGGGUCCUGUGCCAGCAAUCCAGGUGCGAAGCCGACAAAAAGGACUGCGACGGUGCCGCCAGCGUGCACGGCAGCCUCGGCACCGUCCUCCUCGGGGCGCUUGCCCUCCAGCUGCGCGGCUGGGUGGACCUCUGAAGCCGCAGAGGAGGGAGCCCAGCCCAGGCGCGUCACCCGAGGGACCCGGGGAGACUAAGGUAACGGGUGGCUCUCCCCACCGUCUCCUCCGCCUUCCUUCACGCUAGGACUUGCACAACGUCUUUCGGUCCACUUUCCAAGCAGAGAGGUAUGCAGAAAAUCAGGGGCUGACUCCCGGCCACGAAUCCAUCCCGGCGGCAGCCGGGGUGGCCGCAGCGCAGAGCCGGGCGCCGAGCAGCGGCGCGGGGACUGCACCAGCCUGUGCCGGGGCCGUGGUCCCGCAGCCCAGCGGGGACACGGGGCCCGUCCUUCCCUCCACGCAGCGACUCUCCUUCCCUGCUCCGCACAGGGCAACCUGGGGCCGGGGCCACCGGGGCCCUGGUGAAACAGUGCCGCGAUCCAAGGGAGAUUUUUUUUAUUAUUACUUUAUUUACUUUGGUAUAGGCUGGGGUGUUCUUUUUAUUUUUCCUCUUCUUAGUGUCCUGUUUCGAAAGAGACUGUCAUGACAACUCCAGAGCCCCAUAACACAACAGGCAGGGGAAGGGGAGGGAGGGAAGGGGGGACUCUGGUCCAUCCUUGCUGCAUAGUCCCACGUCCCACCAUCGGCCUGGCCUGGCCACGCACAUACUGUUGCCUACAACUCUAGUUGCUGCAUUGAUUUUGUAUUUUCAUUGCUGGGUUUUGUUUUCUUGCACUUACGGAGAAUGCAAGGGCCAUCAGGCAUAUGGUAUGUGAGGAGUGCAGUGUCUUAUCCACACAUGUCCGUAUAGUGUACGGUUCGAAUACUUUUUUUGGUAGAGACUUAUUUUUGUUUGGAUUAAAUGUUAUCAAAGAACCACAACUUAAAGGGACAUUUUGCCAUGAGCAUUUGAUUCUGGUGUAUCCUCCUCCAGUAAAGCAACUAUUAAUGGCUGCUUGAUCACCACGUUUUCCUUUUUGUGUGCACAGUUAAUUACAGGUAAAGACUUAUUUUUUUGAUUCAUAAUGUCCUCUUGUGUUUUCUGAGUCACUACCAAGCUGCACCACAUGGUGAGGGAGAGGGGUGGGAAAGAGAGGUUGCCUCAUCGCUGAGAGCUGUUAAUUAUUUCUCCUAAUUACUCUGCUGAAUCUAGGUUAGACUACUAACUGUAGACAAUGAACAAAGCCUGAGUGAUAUAUUAAGCUCUGGUCUCGUGUGAAAAGGCCAUUUCCAAAUGAGCCUGCGGCAGCAGAAGGCUGGGUAGUCCAAGGAUGCUGCCCCAGGGGGACCUCAGCUGUCCAGUCCCAUUGCAGCCCCCCCCCCCCCCCCCCCCGCCCCGAGCUGGUGCCAUGAUGCACCUUUGCAGAAAAAAGCUGUUUAUUUUGAGUAUUUUUCAGCAGCCACAGCCUGGAACUUCAGUACAGAGCUCAUAGGGACUAGAUCAACUCAUUUAAGGCUCAUAAGCAUGCCCCUAUCUGAGGAAGCGUUUGCAGUCAAGCACACAAACGAAGGCAGGCAAAACCAGACACAAGAGAAUGACAGGAAUGUCAUGAACACAAGAGCUUUAAUUUCGUCGUGUCCAAAGAUUUACCAAGCCAGGAGCUGAUCGAGUGGAGGAGUAGAAGACGGGAGACACCCCCCACCUCCAGCUCGUUCAGUUCUGGGCUAGUUUUCUGGAGAAGGUGAGCAGCCCUUGGUCACCAUCCCAGCUCUACACAGCUCCCUGAGCCAGCCCAGGAACCCCAACACAAUCCAGGCUUGAGCCUCCACUGGCAUUUCCAGGUCUGGUGUCCUUGCCAGAGUUCUAUUCUACCCCAAGAGCUUCUCUACCAACAUCUGUUCUGUUUCAGCACUGCACCUCCAUGGUCCCGUCCCUACAGCCCAUCCUGCUCAGGGGGGCCUCUGCUGAGAGCAGCCCACAUUUCAAAAGUGCAAGAGCCUGUGUCCUCCAGCCUAACAUUGCAGAUACUGCGUACGCAGCCAGUGCCCCCGAAAUGCAGCCACCCCCACGGAGAGGGGGACAGCGAGCUUGUACCUUGAAAAAGGAGAAAAAAACAGCAGCGAAGGUGCAGGAUGGAUAUUGUCGCUUCAAAGAGCAACACAAAUCUGGUGCACAUUUUGAGCAGCAUUUAACAUCACAGGGGCAGGUCAUAGGGCUUAGUUAAUCCACCAUAAAAUAAGUGAGGGUUAAACUCACCCUGCUGAGAUUUGAUCUUUGAGGGAGUGGGCUGGCACAAGCAUUGCCUCCCUUUCUUUAAUGCAGCCAGUUGCUGUCUGUUGGUAUUGACACUCGCUCUUUCUUUGUACUUUCCGACUGCAACAGAUUUAAAAUCCUCAUACGUUACUGUUCAUAUAAGUAAUAGCAUAGAAAAGACUGUAACAAGAUCAAGAUCUCUAAUGGCACUUCUGGAAGGUGAAGCAACAUUCUCCUUUCCCCGCGCUAGUGUUUUUCUCUGGAAUAUUAGAUUAAGCAACAGAAAAUUUACUACUUCAUAAAGCCGUAUCCCAGGCAAACUCUGCACCCAGCAGAUUCCCUGUAAACACACACUGCUAUUGCGAUGCAAGCAGGAACGUGCCAAGCAGCAGCACCGAAUUCCCAUAGAAAAUAAUCUCAGAAGAGCACAACAAACUCAGAACAGCCCAGGAAUGAAGAGUGCUGAAGGUGGUAGACCAUUGCACUAGACCUUUUUAGAUUUGGGGGAUUUUCUCUUGGUUGAUUGGGGUUGGUUGGUUGGAUUUAGGGUUUUGUUUGUCUAAGCUAAAACAUCACUGGCUUCCUAACUCAGCUCCAGAGAUGGUACCACCGCCCUGUGAACCCAGAAUACCAGUAAUGUUCAGUCCUGGACCUUCUUUAACCAAAGCCCAAUGAAUAGUUCUGUAACUUCAACCAGAAGUGGAAAAUUGUGGUGCCAACCCUCCUGCAGCUAUGCCAAAGGACACCU